UUUACUUUUUAAAGAAUCAAGUUAAUUUAGUAGUAAACUAUUAACCAAUGUGGACAUAACUCAUUAAAAUCCAAGUAAUAAUUUCUUAAUUUGUCAAUUCUAUCAGUUCAGAGUCUAAAUAUACAAAUAUGUUUAAUGUAUUAUGUAAAUUGUUCAAAGAUUUGCAACCUGCUGAAUUAGCUUCUGUGACAAUUGGUCGAGGUGCUUUUGGUCGUGUAUUCUCGACCUCACUGGAUAAUAAUGAUUUUGCAAUCAAGAUAUGUCCAACAUCACCGUGCUCCUGUCGCGGCGAACGAAACAGUUUAUCUCUCCGCCAUCCAAACAUUGUAAAAACACAUGAGAUAAUUGAGUUGCGUCCAGAUGAUUUAUCUCUCUUCUUCACUGACUCUUAUCUGUCCAAUUUUAAUUCCGUUUCUCUUUUCAAAUCGAUUGGUCUUCAAAUGGUUAUCAUGGAAGCUGCCGGAUCAAUGUCAUUGGAAACCUGCAUAAAUGACCCAAACGAAGUGAUCGACCGAGAAAGGCGUAAUUAUAUACUCUACCAAAUAUCAGCAGGUCUAGCUUACUGUCAUGAUCAACGUAUUCUUCACCUUGACCUUAAACCUUCUAAUAUAAUGAUAUCCUCGGAUGACACUUGUAAAUUAGUCGAUUUCGGAUGCUCGUUAAACUUAGAGCCAGGCCAUGACCAUCGUGGCCGGAUUCGGUGUGGAGGACAACCACCACCUGGAACAAUACCUUACACAUCACCAGAAUUGUUUAGAGGUGCCAAACCAACAGAAAAGGCUGAUAUUUAUUCCUUCGGUAUUAUCAUGUGGCAAUUGGUUUCAAGGGAGACUCCAUUUUACGGCGAUAGUUCACAAGCCAUUAUUUUCAAGGUCUGUCGCGGUGUUAGACCUAAAUUUGGUGAAUCUCAAGCAAGUCUUGAAAUGUCUAAUUACAUUAGAACUGCUCAAUGCUGUUGGAAUGCUGAUACAUCAAUUCGUCCAUCUGCCGAUGAACUUGUUCAUCGAUUUACUUCUGAUUCUCCUGACUCAGGAUAUGAAUCUCUGACGACUUGAAACAAUUUCAGCCUUAUACAGAUUAAUCGUCACCUUUCCAUUUCAUUUCAUAUUCAUUCCAUAUUAUCUCAUCAAUGUUUCUGUGAACACUCAUCUAAAUAUUUUGUUUUUUUUUCAUUAUCAACAAGACGUUGGUUACAUCUCAUUUACAUUUGUAGUUAUAUUUGUUCAUAAUUGCUUUUUUACAGCUAUUGUUAUCGUUAUUAUUAUUUGUUGAUAUUAUCUAUUUGUACAUUUACACACAUCUUUUUUUGUAUCCUUUACAUCACCAUGAUCAAUACACGAACGACUUUAACUGGUGACCAAUAGCCUAGUUAAGAGCGUAUCUUUUUUUCGUCCAAAACGACUUUCAUCCAUUCUUACUAUUUCAGAUAGCGUUCACCUUUCGAUCAAUUAAACAAAAUCUCAUCAGAUUAUUUAUAGAUGGUUUGUUGAUUAAAGACAUUGAAACUAUA